ACGUGCGCGGGAAGCGCGAUGGAAACGGCGCGGCGAGGGUUCGCGGCGGCGUACGCGACGCGGGCGGGGAUAAGUUUGGCGGCGCACGUCGUCAGGACGCUCAGGCGCGGGUCGGCGAGGAAGUGCUUGGAUUUGGGUCACCUGGUGGGGGAGGAGACGUUGAGGUAUCGGGAAGACGCGGCGCGGUUCGGAUUGUUCGCGGGCGGGUUCGCGGGGACGUACUCGGCGACGCGGUGUUGGCUGUGUUACCGGUCGGCGAGGGAGCCGUUCACGCCCGAGUCCGCGGCGUCCAUCGCGGGCGGCGUCGCGGGGCUGUCCAUAUUCUUCCUCAAACCGAAGUAUCGUCGCGCGUUUUCGCUGUAUCUUCUCGCCAAGCUCGCGCAGGCGAGCUGGGCGAGCGCGCAGAAGGAGCAUCCUUGGAUGAAGGAGCGAGGUCCGGCGGCGUGGAGGCACACGAAUUUCGCGCUCUUCACGCUUUCGUCCGCGCAAAUCAUGUACGCGUACGUCAUGCGACCCGAUACGCUCGAUCCAGGGUUUUGGAACUUUAUCGUGAACGCCGGGCCGAUCGACAAGCAGACGCUCGGCGCCGUGCGCGAGAGCGUGCGAAGCGGCGCGAGCGCCGCCGUGGUGGGGUGCGACCACACGCACGGAAGCACGGGCGCGCUGUGGUGCUCAUCCCACGUCGCUGCGUCAUCGUUUUCCACUUUCAAAAAGUGUUUUCCGUUUUACUUUUCGAUUCAUUACGUGCCAUACGUGGUUCUUAAUUUAAGCAAAGCGGUGCAGAAGCCGCUGUCGACGCUGUAUCGCGCGACCAAGGCGACGGUGCGCUCGUCCACGAUGAUUUCCACGUACGUUGGUUUAUAUAUGAGCACGGUGUGUUUGCAUCGAAACUCCGGUCUCCGCGAUCACCGCGCGCUGUACUAUCUCGCCGGGGUCGUCGCCAGCGGCGCGUUGUUGGUCGAAGACGAAGGCAGGCGCACCGACUUGACUCUUUGGAUUGUACCGCGCGCCGUUGAUUCCCUCGUAUUAGUCUUGGUGCGCAAAGGCAUACUUCCGCACGUCGCGAAUUUCGAAAGUUAUUUAUUCGCUCUCGUGAUGAGCGGCGUGAUGAACCUUUACGAGAGAGAACCGGACGUGUUGGAGCGCAAUUUAACGCGCUUCAUCGCUCGCUUCGUC